AUGACUACUCCAAGGUGCUUCAUUGUGCGACACGGUGAGACGGAGUGGUCUCUCUCUGGCAAGCAUACCGGCUCGACAGACAUACCUCUGACAGCGAAUGGCGAGAAACGAGUACGGGCAACGGGAAAAGCUCUGGUAGGUGACGAUAGGCUCAUAGUGCCUAAACAAAUCAAGCACAUCUACGUCUCACCAAUGCACCGCGCCCAACGCACCCUCGAACUCCUCAAUCUAGGCUGCACGCUCCCCUACUCGACCAGCAACAGCCAAAACCCCAACCCCCCUCCCCACAUCAAAGCCAUUGUAACCGUCACCCCUAAAAUCCGCGAAUGGGACUACGGCGACUACGAAGGCAUCACCUCGUCCGAAAUCCGCUCCCUCCGUGCCCAGCAAUCCCUCCCAGGCACCUGGGACAUCUGGACUGACGGCUGCCCAAAUGGCGAAUCCCCCUCCGAUGUGAUCAAGCGCGUCGACGAACUCAUCCACGAGAUUCGCGAGGAGCAUCACAGGCCGUACAUGGGUAGUAAAGAGCCGGAUGCGGACGGGUGUACUGGGGAUGUUGUGGUUGUUGCGCAUGGGCAUAUAUUACGGGCUUUUGCGAUGAGGUGGGUGCGGCAAGAUUUGAGUGCGACGGCACUGAUUAUGGAGGCUGGUGGGGUGGGGACGUUGAGUUAUGAGCAUAAGAGAUUGGAGGAGCCGGCGAUUUUGCUGGGGGGCGGGUUUGUGGUUGGGCCGGAUGUUUUGAGUGAGGUUGAUGAGGAGGAGAGGGAAGGGAAGUUGAAGUAG